AAUAAUAAUAAAAAAAUGUUUUGGGGCAGAAAAGUUAUCAAUAAACAUGGUGCGUAAAAAUAGAAACAAUGCCUAUAUAGCUCCUAUAAUGAAAUGUCAAUAAGUUAAUUAUAGGGUAUACUAACAUCAUUUUGUGGGAUUUGGUCUUGAUGGAACCAUGGCCCAUUAAGAGUUGUUUAUGUUUAUCUGAAGUUGCUUGUUUUAAAAAAAAAAGAAAAAGUAACUAUUGUUAACUUCCCCAUGCACUUUUUUUCUUUUUUCUUUCGGAGUCCAGGUCCAGCCCAUCUCGCUCCUGAUUGGCCGCCUCUCUCUCCACGCCUGCCUUUAUUAUAAGCCCUCUGCGCUCCACAAUUUGGUCACAUAAACAUGAGGAUACCGUCACCUUAGGGCGCACCAGCAACUAACUUUGUGCAGCAACUCUUUUUCCACUGUGUGUCCAGUCCGGACCUGUAUGGCCCCAUCAUCGAUCACCAUGUCAGCUUUGACCAGCAGAGUUGAGAUGCAGAGCAGCACCAGCCUGAGUUCCUCCGCAGCAGCAGAGGAGACCGUGAAACCCAAAGUGGCUAUCUUACCCUUCAGCGUGGAGGCUCUGAUGGCGGAUAGGAAACCCAGCAGAGAGGUGGUGGUGCUGGCAUCAUCUCCGGAUGGUCCCGGGACGUCCCUGGGCGUCAGGAUGUCCUCUUUCGGUAGUCUGGAUACUUCUGCUCCUUCUGCUUUACCCAUGAGCUCUCCGUUUUCAGUGGGCGACAUCAUGAACAUGCCAGAAGACGUGUUGAUUAAACCAGAGAGUCCGGACAGUAACGACAGGACUUCAUGGCUGCAGAGUCCUCGUUUUUCUCCAACACCUCCAAGAAGACUGAGUCCUCCUGCCUGUCCUUUGAGAAAACACAAGACCAACAGAAAGCCCCGGACCCCCUUCACCACGUCCCAGCUGCUGGCCCUGGAGAGGAAGUUCCGCCAGAAGCAGUACCUGUCCAUCGCAGAGCGCGCAGAGUUCUCCAGCUCCCUCAACCUGACGGAGACCCAGGUCAAGAUCUGGUUCCAGAACCGGCGAGCCAAAGCCAAGAGGCUGCAGGAGGCAGAACUUGAGAAACUGAAAAUGGCAGCUAAGCCCAUGCUGCCUCCAGCUUUCGGGAUUUCCUUUCCUCUGGGUGCUCACGUGCCGUACGGCUCGCACCCGUUCCAGAGGCACUCUCUGCCGGUCUCCCCAGUGGGACUGUAUGCAGCUCACGUCGGAUACAGCAUGUACCACCUCACCUGACAGGGACGCACGUGCAGUGGGACACGAGGGGGUUUAGACUACUUUCUGAGCUCAAGAGGGGGGUACCUGCGGACAGGUGAGGUGACACUAAACACUAAAUAAAGAGGCAUGUCAGGAGGCCAACACCUCCAAAACAGACCCUCUGAGGACCUUGAAGUUUAUCCACCUCUCUUGACCUCACCAGUAAGGUCACACUGCAGAAAUAAUCCAACUUUAUUAGUCAUUUAGUCUUAAAUCUGUAUUUGCCAGUGGACUUAAUCACAAUGUCAAUCAAGAUUGAUAGUAUUUCAGAAAAUAAUCUGAGACUAAAUGACUUUUAAGGUGGACAUUUUUGCUGUGCAGUGGUGGAAAAACAAUUUUGCAGGCCAAUGAUAUCACGAAUGGACAGUCAAGUGUGGACACUAGACUGUGUCUGCACGGUGUGUCAAAGAUAGCCCACGUGCAGUGGGACACAAGGGGGUUUAGACUACUUUCUGAGCUUGAGAGGGGGGUACCUGCGGACAGGUGAGGUGACACUAAACACUAAAUAAAGAGGCAUGUAAGGAGGGCCAAGACCUCCAAAACAGACCCUCUGAGGACCUUGAAGUUUAUCCACCUCUCUUGACCUUCACACACUGCAGAAAUAAUCCAACUUUAUUAGUCAUUUAGUCUAUUUGUCAGUGGACUUAAUCACAAUGCCAAUUAAGAUUGAUAUAAAUCCUAUUUCAGAGAAUAAUCUGAGACUAAAUGAUUUUUAAGAUGGACAUUUUUGCGGUGCAGUGGUGGAAAACUAUUUCAAAGGCCUAUGAUAUCACGAAUGGACAGUCAAGUGUGGACAGUAGACUGUGUGCCACAGUGUGUCAAAGAUAGCCCUUCUCCUCUAUCUACCCCAGCCAGGUAAAAAAAAAACAGCUUCUAAAGUAAGUCAGGACCUUGAAGUUCAUCCACCUCUCUUGACCUCGCCAGUAAAUUCACACACUGCAGAAAUAAUCCAACUUUAUUAGUCAUUUAGUCUUAAAUCUGUGAGUCAUUCUAUAAUUAGGGGUACAUUUCAUGUCAACCAAAAAGUGAAGAAAUCAGUUUUCUUUUUUGAUAAAUAAUUUAGUUGUUACCAUAAUAUACCCCCCUAAAUGUGCUAAAUUCAUAAAUUGCCAAUCUUAAACUCUAAUGACUUUUUAAAUAUUUUAAUGAAAAUAAACAUUUGAUUCAUUAUUUUGCCAACUGUGUUAAAGACAAAUGUUGUGUCAUAUAAAACAUGAGGUACAAGGUACUACACAUUUUUACUACAACGCUUUUGAGUCUAUUCACCAAAGGUUUUAAGGUUGCCUGUGUAACUGAUUUGAAAAUAUGAAUUUUGAGCUUCAUAAUGGACAUUUUAUGGGAUGCUAUCAGGAAGGAUGAAUAUUUUUUCAACAUAAAUCCACAUUACACUGAAUUUAGAGUUAUUCACCAUCCUUAUGUAAGACUUCCACAACUAAAUCACAAUGCCAAUUGAAUAAUCUGAAACUAAAUGACUUUUAAGAUGGACAUUUUUGCAGUGCAGUGGUGGAAAAACAAUUUUGCAGGCCUGUGAUAUAAAAAAUGGACAGUCAAGUGUGGACACUAGACUGUGUGCCACAGUGUGUCCUCUUAUCUUCCCCACCAGGUUAAAAAAACAGCUUCUAAAGUAAGUCAGAGACUAUAUUGUGCAGCUUCACAUUUUGCACCAACAAUCUUCAUGCAUCGUUGGGGCUGCUGUCACAAUGCAAAAAAAAAAACACAAUUUUUUUUUGCAUUCAUAUCAAUGCGUAUAACUAUAGUUGGGUUACUGAAUCCAGUGUCAAUGAAUGCUCUUUGUGAAUUUGGAGAACCACAGCAUUUGUUUUUAUUUUUUUUCUAUAACAGCACUGUCUGUUGUUGGAUUGAUUCCCUUCGGAAGGGAUAUGUGUACUGUAAAAUAAUGUAUAUUUGAAGAAUAUCCUCAUUUAUAUUAUGAAUAUAUUUGUGACAUAACUUAACAAUAAAUUGUUUAUUCUUUUUCAUUA